AUGGCUUUGCCUCCUCCCAACGAGUACAGAACCCUGUACGAUCUGCCCCUACUAGACGAGCCAAAGCUAUCCAACAACCCAAGCCAAGCGUCCCGGCAGUUCACUGAGUAUUAUGAGGAUCUGGACGACGUUGGAAAUGAACUCCUGUACGGCCCGCGAGAGUUCUUGGCAAUUCUUACUCGAUAUUACUCCCUCUGCCGUCACCAGCAAGAGGUGUUGAACAAGACACUAGAGAAACGCCCAGCUCUGGAACUGCACCUUCAUCGUUCAAGGGCAGUUAUCAAAUUCGAAGGGUUGAAAUCUAAAAUCACGGCACAACUCGACAGGGUUAUGUCCAAAAUACUAUCAAUUGCCAAAGAGCUUCGAAACCACUAUGAGGACAUCCCUGAAGGUGUCCCAGACUUGUCGCAAUCAGAGUCCGCUCCGCAUGUUGCCAACAUCUCUGUCAGAGAAUGCCGCCUUUGGUGUCAGCUCAAUACCACCAAAUUUCGACAGCGCCUUCAAAACGCAAAUGACACCGCCGAGCUGCGUUCUGCCAUGGACGCGAUUUCCGACAUGAUCCUCGGAGACGUCGCGAAAGUACCAACACCAUACGUUUUCAACCUCACUAAAAAAGACAGAGGCAUCGUUACGCCGCUCGUAUACUUUGUCUGUACCGGAAUGGACAAGGAAGGGAACCAACUUCACGACUUAGUGCAUGUCGGCUGCACUAAGGAGCAAUUUCGCAUUUGGGAACCAUUCCAGGAGCAUCGUAACAAGGCCAGGGAUGACCUUAUCGGUCAGGAAGCCAUCGAGGCAUGGAAGAACUGGCACGGCCAGCUUCUGAGGCUAGGCGCGGAUGAUUCUAAUGACACUCGCAAGUUGAGAGAAAACCUGAUGCAAGGCAACAUUGGAGAAUUGCCGGAUUGGGCUCACUGGUUGUCUACGACUAAGCUGCGUGCCUGCGAAAACCAUGUGGGCCAGUCAUUCACGCAAGUUGGUUGGAAUCAUACAGCCCUCAUGGGCUGUUGUAUGAUUUGCAAGACUGCGAUUUCCUUCCAAGAGGUGAUGGGGAAGGACUUUCAGGAAGAGGCACGCCUCAUCCACCCAAUGAAGAGAAGACAUUGCCCCCAUUCCUGUGCUGAGGUUGUCACUAGCGGGGCCUGUGACUUUACAACUUGGACACAUUGA